AUGGAAGUAACUUCACAGACAGAGAUCCCCAAGAAAGCAGUACGUGCCUUAAGAGUACGUCUUCAAGUUGUUAAGAAGCACUUGGACCCUGUUUUAGCUAGACCUAUCAAUGAUAUCUUUUCUAAAUUAUCACUUACCGAGAGAUAUGAAUUAGAAGUCUUAUUGUCUUAUUCUCUAAACACUUUGUUCUACAUCUAUUUGAGAACACAAGGCUCAGACCCUCAAAAGCAUGAUGUGAUGAAAGAAUUAGCCCGCGUUCAACAAUAUAUUCAGAAAUUAAAGAAGGCCCGAGGAAAAGAAGAAAAGCCUACCAUGAAAGUGGAUAAAGACGCUGCAUCUCGAUUUAUUAAGGCAGCAUUAAAUGAAGAAGCACCAGAGAAAAAGAGAAGAUUAGAAGAAGAAAAAGAGGAGGAGGAUAGUUCAUCAUCAUCGUCAGAGGAAGAAGAAGUAAAUAAGAAAAAAGGCAGAAAAAUGGACGUUUUUAGCAAAACACCCUCUAAAAAGAAAAAGAAGAAUUGA